AUGAACUUCCCAAAACUGCCCGCCAAGGCGGCGUAUAUCACGAUCAACAAUCCCGCCAAGCGCAACACGCUCUCCCUUGCCAUCCUCCGCGACCUUCGUCAGCAGCUGCGCGACAAGCUGACGUCUCCAAGGACGGGAAAGCUUCUCACUCUGCCACCUUUCCAACCCUCCAUUCUGGAAAAGAUCGAGCAGGGCCACCCCGACUAUCUCUGGCUCACCAGUGCAGAGACUUGGCGCGAGUUACGACAAGACCUGCCGAACGUGCUCGUCCUUCGGAGUGACGGCCCAGUCUUUUCAUCGGGCCACGACCUCAAGGAGAUUGUGCAGCUGAGCCACGACGAUGUCAAGGAGACAUUUCGACUGUGCGCUGAGGUCAUGGAGUUGAUCCGUCACAGCCCCGCACCUGUCGUCUGCCGGAUCCAGAGCAUGGCCCUGGCCGCGGGGUUCCAGCUGGCCAUGACAGCCGACUACCCGAUCGCUCUGGCCAACACCAAAUUUCGCCUCCCCGGCGCCUCAAUUGGUCUUCCGUGCACCAGCCCCUCGACUGCCAUUUCCCGACGUCUGGGCAACGGUCUGACUUACCGCAUGCUCGCGACUGCCGACUGGAUGACGGCGGCAGAGGUCAAUGGACAGGGCACGCUUGACAUCGUCCCAGUACCAACGGCAGACUCUCCCGAUGAGGCAAACAAAGCCUUGGAAGAGCGUGUAGACCAUGUGGUUAAUCGUCUGGCCGUCGAGACAGCCGGGCAGCCCCUUGCGUUGGGCAAGUGGGCGUAUUGGACCCAAGUGGGCAUGGGCGGCCAAGGGGACGGAUACGUCGAGGCGGCGCAGUUUGCUGGCCGUGUGAUGGCGUUACAUGCGAAAGCCGAGGACGCAAAGGAGGGCAUGGCGGCGUUUAUCGAGAAGCGCGACCCAGUGUGGAAGACAUGA